AUCCCCGAGAGUCGCCGGCGUUCAGCUAACAGAGCAGCUGGAGCAGCAGGACACAGGAGCGGUUAACUUGUCCGGAAGAGGCCGCUGACAGGAGCACAGGCGGCGGCACAGUUCGCUCGGGCUGCUCGGGAACCGGCGGGUGCUAUGGCCGACAGCGUGGACACCUUCCUAAGGGCCAAACACCGCACCUUCAGCGGACUGACUGAAGAUGCAGAGCGAGAGUGGAAGGGACCAUUUUAUUUCAUUCAGGCCGCAGACCCCCAGCUCGGGCUGAUGAAGGCCUGGAAGGACGGGGACUGCGACGGAGGAGGGGACGAAUGGUCCGAGGAGGUGGAGCUCACCAAGCAGGCUGUGGAGGCCGUUAACCAACUCAGACCUAGGCCGAGGUUUAUGGUGCUGUGCGGGGACUUGGUCCACGCCAUGCCAGACACGCCGUUCAGAGAAGGUCAGGAGAGAGACCUGAAGGUGGCCUUGAAGGGGACCGAUCCCUCCAUCCCUCUGGUGUUUGUCAGUGGGAACCAUGACCUGGGCAACACACCCACCCCGAGUACGGUGGAGCAGUACUGCAGUGCAUGGGGGGACGACUAUUUCAGCUUCUGGGUGGGCGGCGUCCUCUGCCUGGUUCUGAACUCCCAGCUCUUCUACGAUGCCUCAGCCUGCCCUCAACAGAAGGAGGCCCAGGAGAUAUGGCUGGAGGAGCAGCUGAGCGGAGCCUCCUCCUCAACGGAACCGAAACCCAAACACGUCCUGGUGUUCCAGCACAUUCCGCUGUAUCUAAAGAGCCCUGAUGAGGAGGACGACUACUUCAACCUGCAGAGGGCCGUCAGGCAAAACCUGCUGGACAGGUUCAAGAAGGCAGGGGUGAAGGCGGUCUUCUCCGGCCAUUACCACCGAAACGCUGGAGGUUGCCACGAUGGCCUGGACAUGGUCGUGAGCUCGGCCAUUGGCUGCCAGCUCGGCAAAGACACCCACGGCAUCAGGGUGGUGGUGGUGACGGCAGAAGGUGUCAUCCAUCGCUACCACAGCCUGGAGCAGCUUAGUGCGGGGGGCAUGGACCAGGACCUCAGGAAGCUCCUUCAGGCCUGAUGAAGUAGCAUAAACCGGAACCGCUUGGCUUUGUUUCUUUUUUAAUCACUGGCUUUAUGUGGAUCCUACAGAUUUUAGGCCCUGUCCUUAGGGGCAUACUACAGGGGUUUUGGAGAUUAGGGCUAAGUCAACUCGGUCAACAGAUAAGAAAGCAAUUUGUAUGAAUGUUGAAUUUGACCAAUGGCCCAGUCUACAGAAAACUGACAGAAAUGAUACAGCAUCUUAUGAUUAAAUGAAAUUGGGUUGACGUUCCCUCCACUGAAUGUUUUCCUUGGAUUAUCUCUCGGCAGAAUGGAUGUUAUUAUCCCUUCUCCCGCUGCCCGCUGCCCUGACAGGGCCACACAGAGAUCAGCCAAUGUGUUCUGAGACUGUCGGCUCUUCCGUGGAGAGGCUCCACCUUUCUGCACAGUCCUCCUCCAUCUGACGUAGCAUUGCGCCCUCCGACACCCUGUCUGCCUGCCUGUGUGUCCGUCUGUCCGUCCGUCUGCAGUGUAACAAGUUCAAGACAAUAUGCUCCGGUGUCGUCAGAUGUUGCCAGUGUAACUCUAAAUGUAUCCAACCUGUUCCAUCUCAAAAGGAAGAGUCCACCCUGAGAGUUUGAUCGGGGGCCUCAUUUAUAAAGCAGUGCGUAGGAUCCAUAAUUAAAAGUGUAAGUUGGCCUAAUAGCUGAAAAUUAUAUAAAACCAUGCACAUGCACACCUAUAUAAAACCUCUAUGCAUUUUAACGAUCCCAUUCCAAACAGCAGGCAUUAUUAAAUUCAAAGACAGCUGUGAUAUCCCGACUCUAUUCAAUUUAACAGGAUUAUUUUAUUCCCUCAAGGGUCUUUUAUGAGCACAGUUAAUAUUACACUAUGUUACCUGUCAGCUAAGUGUGGUGAGGACUUGUGUUUUGGGAUGUUUCAGUUCCUCCUUUCGGGGUCGGUCUGUCUGAUACGGGACUCGGCUCGGCACAAAGACCUGAGAUCACAGAUCUGAAGAAUCCAUACGACUUGUUUCCUCUUAAUCCUUCCAUUCACGUAUACUCAUUACCAGUGCAUCCAUCGCGACAGCGUUACACAAUAAGAGUGUCAGCGCAGUGUUUAUGUUCACAGCAAUCGGGCCGAUUACUUCACACAUCAGUGGGAUCCUAUCGUCCUCUCUCAUUUGGAAACGAAACCGUAAAAGGUAGACACUAUCUUUCUUUUUUUUUAAGCGGCCUCAAGUACACUUUGUGCGCUUUGUGCAUUCCGUGCGCCUGACAGCACAGUUAUGUUCACUGCAGGGAUUUUACACACACUAUGCAAACUAAAGUCGUCCCUAUUGAUACAAAGUGUUUAAAAACUACUCAUCGUGUUUUCCGCAAAUGAAGGAUUUUAUGACACUGCUGGUUUAAUGUUUAUGAUAAAGUGGAUCUACAAUCUGCUUCAAUUCACCAAGUCGCCACGUUCCCGUCUCCAAAAGGCUUGUACGUAUCUGGGUCAGAGUUGGACCCAGUCGCACACGAUGGGUCUGACAGAUGUGCACAGAAUGGUUACAAGUGAGGCCCCAGUAGAACAAGAGGAGGUGUGGACACACGCUCCAGCUUUUCAGUGUUGAACGAUUUUACCUCAAUUGAUCCUGAAGUAUCCAGCUCCAAUCAUAGGUGGCUUUAACAGGGACACUGACUAUUGGCGUUGAAGAGAAGCAUCGGUAAAAACAUGUUCGGGCUGAAACAGGUUUAGGCAGACAGAGUGUUGAUGUUCUGUUGUAAUGAGGCUCUGCGGGGAGCAGCUGUGCAGUCAGGGAGCAGGAUGACCGCUGCAUCACUACAGGAAAGGGAAAAACAGGAAUUUGAAUCACUACAGGUUUCUUCGGAAAUGUCUAAACGCCACUAUUCCCCCUGACUCCGGAGACUGUCCACCCUGUUGGAGUUUUAUUUACAGAACAUUGACACCGGUGUUUCAUGAAAAGAGAGACAGUUUUUUUUUUUUUAAACAAAACCUGUUUCAAUGCCAAUGUUUAAUUUGUUAUCAAUGCCAAUAUUUAGUGUCACUGUUCUAACCCCCGUACGGUCAGUCUUUCUACUAUUUGCCUGGUUGGCCAUCCUAUGCAAGCUAAUCGCACCACAAUAGUGUGUGUUGUGUGUGUGUGUGUAUUUUAAUGUUUAGCCCGGUACAUGGUUUGACUAAAAGACGUGGCCCUGACUCCUGACCUCUCAUCCAACUGUGAGCUGUUGGUCUGUAGCUACUCACGCAGCCCUGAGUUCAAUGUCCAGCCUCAAUAGUGCUGAUGCGAGUCUUCCGAUUUUAGUUGGCUAACUAGCGAUGUUAUUCUUAAGCAAUAUAAAAUGUGAAAAAAUUGACAAUGUCGUUUUUUUUUUUUACGGAUUUUCAAGUUACAAUCCUUAAGAUUUCACUCCUGGUUGAAGAAGAAAUAUAUCUGUGGCAAUAUUUAUAAUAAAAAAUGACUCAAAUGUUUGCUGUCUUAUUGAAGCAUUUUUUGCUAAAGCCGCUGUUGGUUUUAUCCUCGAUGACAAACACGUGACCUUUUCAUAAUAAAACGCACCCCGUGUUUUGCCUGUCGAUGCCACAGACGGUAUAUAAAGAUGUGUUUCGACUUCCUCUCACUAUCCAGAAAUGAACACUGUAACCGCAAUAUUAAUGUGGACGGGAUUUCAUUUUGAAAAAAGGGGAAAAAACAUCUUCAAAAAAAAUCUUUGCAGUAGAGUAGACAAGGCCUGAAACUAAAGGAUUGUAACUUUCACGUCUUUUUCCUCUGUUGUGUGUUUGCCCAAAUGAAAGUGUUUCAUGUCAAACCUCAGAUCAAUUAUUUUUACUCCAUCACAAAUAUAUUUCUCUGUAGUGUUGCCACAUCCAUUCAGUUUCCCUCAGCUUCUUGUUUAUGAAGGCGUUGAUCAAACCAACAGAGGGUUUCCCUCACCGUUAUGAAAAUGUUUCUUAAAGGUUCCAAUCACCUAUUUUAAUGAUGCUUCACAAUUAAAUCACACCUAAUGAGUUUAACGUGCACACGUGUGAGAUCCUGACACACACUGUCAAACUGAGGGCCUGGUGUCGGGCUGAUACAAUGUGACCCUACUGUGGAGGGCUCAGUGUUUAGUCACAGCUCCCACAGCCGAACUCCCAGUCUUUACAAUUUCUGCAACAAAAUGACUUUCCUCUGUGAGUCCUAAAUGACUCUACUCCAUUACACUUUCCACACACACACACACACUCUCUCGCGCUCGCCCUGACCGACUGGGAAUGUAAGAGAGUUGUCAUGGCAACCCUUUAGCAACACAUCUGUGUGUGUCUCGGAGAGAUACCGCGAGUGUCGGGGGGAGGAAGUGUGUGAGUGUGCGUGCGUGCACACGUCCGUCCCUGAUAUGGUGGCUACCAUAGGUGAUUUUCCAUCAGCGACGCAAUCGCUGACCUCAUUUCACACUGACAGAUUCUGUCCAUUUUCCAAAAAGUCGGCAUGUGAUGAAAAGGGGGAGGGGGAGGGGGGGGUGGUCUGACAGAAAUGGAUAAUGACUGUGAUGUGUGAAAGACGACUCAGUCCAUCUCCUUCAUUUCCGGUCUGAGAAGGAACCUUAUGUCCUCAUCUAUUUUUAUGUCCUCACAAUUGCCGAGCUCAGUACCAUUGUGGUGUUUCUUCUGUGUGUCUGAGCAUUUGUUUCAGUCCAUAUCUCACACGCUCUUGACCCUUUCCUGCGUUGAAAUGUAAUGAAUUACCAUACUGAGCCCCAUGACUGUGACACCUCUGGCUGUAUUUUUAUAAUAAAGGUUGAUUUUAUCUAAUGA